CACACACACACACACACACACACACACACACACACACACACACACACACACACACACAUUCAGCAGAGUCCAGUAAGAGGCCUUACCGAGCUCGCAUCUGUUACUGAACUGAACGUCUCUACAGCCACAAGAAAAAGAGAACCAUGUCAGGACCAAGGCCUGUGGUGCUGAGUGGACCCUCUGGUGCAGGGAAGAGCACGCUGAUGAAGAUGCUGAUGAAGGAUCACGAGGGGGUCUUUGGAUUCAGCGUGUCACACACAACCAGGAACCCCAGACCAGGAGAGGAAGAUGGCAAAGGGCUGAACAAGCUCCCCAUGCUUCUGGGGGCUACUUUACUACCCGUAGCAGACGUCUUAUCCUCUGAAGACUUAGAAAAGUCUACCUCUUUUUCGUGUCCAAAUGAAACAGAAACGACAAACGAAGACUACCACUUCACAACUAGGGAGGCCAUGCAGGAGGCCCUCGAGAGGGGAGACUUCAUUGAAAACGCUGAAUUCUCUGGCAAUAUGUAUGGAACAAGUAAAGCUGCCAUUGAAGAUGUAAAGGCCAAGAACUUAAUCUGCAUCCUCGAUGUGGACAUCCAAGGAGUGAAGAGGAUUAAAGAGACUGAUCUAGACCCUAUCUACAUCUCCAUUCAGCCUCCCUCCAUGGAGAUCCUGGAAAAACGUCUGAGAGACAGGCAGACGGAAACAGAGGAGAGUCUACAGAAACGUCUGGAGGCAGCGCGCGUGGACAUGGAGCUCAGUAAGGAGCCAGGGGUGUUUGAUGUUGUGAUCAUCAAUGAUGACUUAGACAGGGCCUACGAGGAGCUGAAAGACAUCCUCAAUGAAGAAAUUAAAAAGGUUCAGGAGGCAAAGUCAUAAACAGGAAGAAGUGCCCCAGUCCUUCUGCUUCUGGACUGAAGAUCCAUCACUUAUAAUGCAGGCGAAUCUUCACUGACUGCCAGCACACCUGAAAUAAACUGUCUUCUGGGGGGAAAAAAAGUGAAUUUUUUUUCUUGUUACCAUCCAUUUUGUUCAAGGACUCCGUGCAGUUUAAUAUUCAGAGAAAAACAGUUUGAAAAGGAUGGAUGUGAAGGGAAUUGAAAGAUUUUUUCAGACUAGGAAAAUGUGGGUUUGUGAUAGAUUUAGUGGUGUUUGUGUGUUUGUACACAAUUGAGAACAAAUAAAGAAUAUGAGAACAA